GGACUUAACCCGGCCAGUCACAAUUUUCAGUUUGCAUCUUUACCCACAUAAAUUUUAUUUCAAGUUCCAAACGAUACACUUCUUGUUCUAGCGUACUUUUUCUCAUCAUCCUGCACCCUGAAGACAAUACGCCUACACUAUGGUACGCGGAGCUCCUGCGAAAGGUGCUGUGAGGGGCAAGGGCAGAGGGGCCGAACCGGUUUCCGAUUUGGUGGAAGACGAGCCGCCACUCGCGAUUCGCCCGGCCAUAAAACCGAAAGCUGGGGGGAAGAUGAGGGGGAAGAUGAGGGAGACGCCGCGGGACCGGGAAGACAAGAGGAAGUCGCAGCAAGUCGUGGUGGAAGAAGAGGACGAGGAAGAUGUAUGACGAUUACAACGACCACGCUCCACCGCGACGCCCGCACCGCCCUCCGCGUCCGUCCGUGCUGGACCAGAUUCUUGGCCUCUGCUGCAAACGCCCUUCGGGACGAGGGCGGAAGGGUCGUGGCAAGGGAAAGAAGGGGAAGGGGCGCGGGAAGGGGCGGGGGGCGGUGGCGGAUCCGGAAGAUGAUUUUUUUGUCGAAGAUGAUAUCACCAGUAUGGAGGAAGAACUCCCAGCACCGGCGAAGCAGAUUGUAUGCUCCCGGCAAAUAUUUAAUAUUAAAGGGGUGUCGGAAUCGUAUGCUCCUCGUUGUAUAGAAUUUUUGCAAGAUAUGUGUGUUACUUGUAUGACAUGAGACUUCUAUUUCUUGACGUUCGCUGUCGCUGCCUGAACUAGCAUGAGGACAAAAAAUUGCAGUUUUUUCUACCGAUGAAAAAUAUGCCUACUUCGCUUAAAUGCGAUUUGUACUUCACUUUUUCUGAAAAAGAAAAACUUUAUCCCACACUCCUUUUGCACGGUCGAUAAGGGCAAAAAGGCAAAGGGAAGAUGAUCAAAGGCAAGGACAAAGGCAAGGGGAAGAAAGGCAAGCCCUUUGUUGUUGAGGAAACCGACGAGGAGGCGCUGACCAACGAGGAGAGCGCAACGGACGCCGAGGAAGACUCGGCAGAGGAGAGCGAACGGGAUCCCACCCCUACCUACCAGUUUAUCAAAUGCAAAAAUGUCUGGGUCUGGAACAAAGCAACUUGUCAUGCUAAAGUUGAAUCAUGUAAAAAUCUGUGUUGCAUGAUUACGAAAAAAUAAUGCCCACUUUUGACCAAAGUGAGAGGGAGUUUGUCAUGCAGGACAGAUCGAUGAUAGAGAUGUCACAGAAUCUGUCAUGCUAGGUCCUGCAUUCCAACCCGCAUGCAUCAUCGAAAACCUGCAUGACAAACCUUGGAGUCUUCCAGACCCAGACAUACUUAUUUGCAUUUGAUACAGUUCACCAUGCGGCAAAUCGUUCUUGGCGCGGUACUAUCCUGUGCAAAAGCAUCGUACUCGUAGUAAUCGCAAGCAUGCAUUACAAGUCUCCAUCCCAAGGCAAAGCAGCAUGACGAAUUUCAUAUAUCAUGCUGAGCUAAUUUGUAUUGCAAUUGCUACUAGUACGAUACUUUUGCAGUUCAUAUGUACUGGCGGCUCUGAUCGGCGGCGCUUUCGCCGCCAUCAUCACUGCCGUGGCGAUGGACAGCUAUCAAAUGCAAAUAUGUCUCAGUCUGGAAACUUGUGAUGCUGAGUGGUGCAUGACUGAAAUACUUCCCCAUGCAGCUACGCAUGACAAGUUACCCGCACUACACUUUCUCAGGCGGAGUCUGCAUGAGAAACUGCACUUUUGUACUUAUGACAACAGAGGGUAUCUUUUUGCUAGUCGUGGUGCAACACAGAUUUUACAGGAGUGCAGGGCUAGCAUUACAAGUUCCAUGCUUCCAGACCCAGACAUAUUUGCACUGGAUAACAGCGGCGACGAAACAAGUUCUGCCUCAUCUUCCACGUCUUCGGGUACCGCGCCGACCCCCUCGCCGACCCCGGCAACAACCAGUCCGACGCCCUCGCCGACCCCGGCUACGACCAGUCCGACGCCCUCGCCGACCCCGGCUACGACCAACCCGACGCCCUCGCCGACCCCCGUCUCGCCGACACCCGCCUCACCGACCCCGGCGCCCGCGCCGACGCCGUCCGGCACUUGCCAGGCGACUUUCACGCAGCCUGCGCCGCCCGCGAAUCCUGACAGUACUACUUACAUACUGCUUUUUCAAGAACUUGUCAGCUGGUACUCUAUGAUUGAAUCAAAACUAUGCGCAAAAAUGUUGACAUCGUGUGAAGAGCCUGACUGUCAAUCUGAAACUGAUGGUAGAAAAUGAGAGCAUGAGCAAAUAAGGUAAGUACACAAAUCUGAUCUUCUCAGUGACGCCACCUGUGAUCGAUGCGGACCUCGAGUGUGACGCGAGCGAGUACGCGAACAUUGCCAAUGCGCCGGCCGAGUGCGCCGCGUACACGACCCGGCCGACGGGCGGCAACUUAUCCAGGAAAAAACACCUCCCAUCCCCAUCCAUUUUUUGCAUGACAAGUAGUGGAUUUUAUGCAUGUUUUGCAUGACAAAUUGGGUUGGGAUGGGUGUUUUUUCCUGGAUGCGACUCCGUGAACCCCUAUGAACUGAUCCCCCUGGCCUGCCACGCGCCCAACUGGGACAUUGUGAACAACGUGCAGCUAUGAACUGCAAAAGCAUCGUACUAGUAGUAAUCGCAUUACAAAUUUGCUCUCAUGCUGAGUUACCUUGAAAAAAAGAUUUGUCAUGCAUAAAUGCGAGGAUUACUACGAGUACGAUACUUUUGCACAGAAUAGCAGCCGGCCAUCGAGCUGGUGCAGAACUCCCCUGACUUUUUGUCCAAGUACGUGACGUAUGGAUUGCAAAAGUGUCUGGGUCUGGAAGAUUGCAACUUGUGAUGCUGCAUUUGGAUUCUACAAAAAUCUGUAUUGCAUGAACAGCAAAAGAGGCCCAGCUUUUGCGACGGCGAGAGGACAUUUCUCAUGCGGUAUAGGCAUCAGGAAGCCAUCUCCAUCACAAAAUCUGUGAUGCUGGGGCAUGCGUCACAGACAUCAGGAGUCAUGCGAAAUGUGCAUGACAAGCCUUGCAUCCUUCCAGACCCAGACAUUUUUACACUUGAUAUGACACAGCACACCAUGACCACGAAGGAGGCCAUCGUGGGGCAGCUGCAGCGCGCGCAGCAGACCGCGGCCGCGAAGUGGGUCAGCGACAUGGCCACCAUCAAGGGCGGCGACAUGCCGCAGGGGACCAUCUCGAAGUGCAGCACCCGAACCUUAAACGGCGUGCUGCAGGCGGCGCGGAAGAAGGGGUACAAAGCGCUGACCGUGAUCUGGUACAACCUUCCCAACCGGGACUGCAACGCCGACGCGAGUAACGGCGAGAUCUGCUGCGACGGCACGACCAACGGCUUCACGACGAAGUGCGCGCAGGAGGCGAUCGGCGGCAGCUCCUACGACGACGGGCAGUGCGAACAGGGGCUCCAGGUGUACGAAAACCAGUACGCGCUGCCUUUGUUUAACGUGUUGAAGUCCUACAACGACAUCCGCUUAACGCUUGUUCUCGAGGUCGACUCCCUCCCGAAUUUCAUCACCAACGAGGGCAAGAAGAAGUGCACGGCCGAGACCAAAAACGCCUACAUAACGGGAAUCGGACUCACGCUGGACCUGCUCGCCCAGCUGCCCCACGUGACCACCUACAUGGACGCCGGGCACGGGCACUGGCUGGGGUUCGUGGCGACCUCGUGGCCGAAGUACGUCGAGCAGGUCAAGACCUGGAUGACGCCGAGCGGGAAGUUAUGCUGAGUAAAAAUGUCCCCACCCCAUACUUGUCAUGCAGAUUUGCAGUUACAGGAAGAUUUGUAAUGCGCAUCCCCAAAGGGGUACGUCGUCUCUUCCGUGAGAACAAAAACGUAAGGCGUAAAAUGGGUCGGGUCCUGGAUCGUUCUGUAUGUUGGGCUGUCGCGCUCGGCUAGCUGGCCGGGCUGUGCUGAUCAGGUGUGGUGGGUAGCUCCCGACUGGUUGGUACUUUUCAGCGGGCGACUUGCCGUGGUAGCGCUCGGCUUUUGUAUGAUGAGGUCGCCGAAAGUGCUUCCUCGCCCACCCCCCGGGGAGGGGAUUCUUGACCUGUGGCGCUGGGAGCGGGUGUCCACUACAUGAUGAUGAUGCGCAUCCCCAUGAGGCAUGAGCAGAGGCAUUUCCCAUCGUGUUUUGGACUUUGUAAUGCUGUAAACAGGAUGACUAGAUGGAUUUGUGUUGCGGCUGUACAUGCUAAACUGCACUACACUACAGAGAGGAACUUGUCAUGCUUGACUCCCAAAACUUGUCGAUUUGUGUUGCGAGAUCCCCAUCUUGACUAUGGGGUGGGGACGUCGACGUUUUUACUCACGAUACAAGUCCUUCAUCAGCCAGAUGCGCGGGUUCGCGAUCAACACGAGCAACUAUGACAGUGCACAACUCCCCCUCCUCCUCAUUUGUCAUGCAGAAACCCAAAUCCACUUGCUACCUUGUGGCACCGCGUGCAUGACAAAUUCGUGAAAUCCAAACAUUAGUACACUCGGCGCAUGAACUUGUCAUGCACAGGUCCACUUGUACUGAUGUUUGCAAUGCUGUUGAUGCCAUACAAAUGAGGGGGAGGGGGAGUUGUGCACUUUCAUAGCAACUACCAACCGGUGGACACUUCCACCUACGGGCAGAUGCUGGCCGCGAACGUGUUGAAGGCGAAGGAGCCGUGGCGGUGCACCGACAACGCGUGGUUUUCGAAGAUGUUGUGGGACGAGUUCCAAAAACCGGUCAUUGUGGACGUCGGGCGCAGCGGGAACUCGUGCUACGGCGACCCGUUAUGAACGGCAAACAUGUCGGGGUCUGGAAGGAUGCAACCUGUGAUGCUACCUCUGGAUUCUACGUAAAAUCUGUCUUGCAUGAACAGCAAAAAAGGUCCAGCUUUUUGCAACGCGGACAGGGCAUUUCUUAUGCGGUAUGGGCAUCAGAAAGUCCUCGCAGAGUCUGUGAUGCUACGGCAUGCAUCACAGAAAUCAUGAGGCAUGCAAAAUCUGCAUGACAAACUCCUGCAUUCUUCCAGACCCUGACAUAUUUGCAUUUCAUACCCGUCGGGUACGGACGACUUCAAGGCGUUCGAGAACUGGUGCAACGCAGCGCGCGCGGCGCUGGGGCCGCCGCCGCGGGCGCUGCCGUAUCGCGAGGAAAAAUCCAUCCUCCCCAUAUCAUCAACAUGGAAGUUUGUGAUGCUGAUUUGUGGUCACAAAUCGCCUUUGUCUUGCCUAUAG